AUGCCGGAGAAACAGUCCGCCCAGCAGUCGCCCCCCACGAAGAUGUUAGAGAUGCUGUUGAAGGUGGAGAAGUAUGAUGGUGAGUAGAUGCCUCCCGGACAUUCGGAAUGAUGCCAGAAAAUUUCUCCGUGUUGUGUUCAAUGUUUUAAAUCCCUUAGUCUCGAAACCGGAGUGUUUCGGGGACGUUAGUCAUCUGACCUUGCUUAAGAGAUGCUAUAAUAACUGAGCACAGGACUUCACAACAAGCCCUCUCCAGACUGCACACUUGCGUCACUACAGGGUGAGGUCAUUAAAAAGGCACCUCACAACUGAUAAAUCGAGUUUGACGAAGCUAUGUAUGCACAGACUGUAGGGAGUAUCAGCCGUAGUAGCAAUAAUAUCUGUGGUAGUAGUGACACUACCGUUUUGGUCUGAACUGUCGUUUAAGGAGGUGUUCAUCAGCAAAACAGCUUGUCGAAGAACAAAUGAAAACGCUACUCAACUCUUACGCUGGCUCGCCUUUGCUUGUGUUGCUCUCAUGGCGGUCAGCGCAGAAGUCCUGUUUUCCGUGUUUUCUGAUCAGCUCAUGGACAUUUUUUGCCUUUUUAAAGGGGUUUCUGGAAGUAAAUGUUAGUGACAGUACUGCAACCACGGACUCUAAUCCACACUUUUGGGGUUCGACAAAUUUCCUCAUUCUUGUCUCAAAAGUGCUAGCCCCCACUGUACGGUGUAACCCUAGACAACGAUACUUGCGUGAUUACUUACAAAUACCUAUAAUGUAAAAGAAAAAGCGUACUUAUAUAAGAUGAGAACUAUAACGUUGGAGUGCCUUUAGCCCAGCUGGUUACGGGACAUGAUUACUGAGUUUCUCCCCAGGGUAUGAUCUAGAUCUUUCACAGACAGUUGCAGAGUGACCAGUAAUUAAGCAAAGGUGGAUACCAUGAAGGGGAAGGGAGACUGGAUCGGCCAUUUCUAAUUUAUUAGCCGUCUUCAACCAGCCCAACCCACAUAUAAUUACGGGUCUGACCCUAAAAAGUCAUGUCCUGUGCUGAAUAGUUUCUGUCAUGUCCUGCCCACGCAGGCAGCCGCACAGCUCAGUGGUAAAGUGUCAAACUCCAUGACCAAAGAUCCCCGGUUUGAAUCUCAAGCGAUCCACAUUUGGAGUUGGGUAUGACCGGCUGAUUAUGGUUAAUAAGCCAAAAAUGACCAUUCCGGUCUCCCUUGUCUUUGUCGGUACCAUGUCAUAUAUAUAUAUAUAAUGGUAAAAGGGGGAUCAACGAUCGUUCUUACGGAACUCAAUCGUUCCGUUGUACCUUACAGGUUCUCUCUCGAGCCCAAUCAGCAGCCGCACAGCGACGCAUGAUAUAGGCAGAAUGGUAUUACCGACAAAGACAAGGGAGACUGGAAUGGUCAUUUCUGGCUUAUUAGCCGUCGUCCGCCAGUCAUACCCAACCCCGAAAUGUGGAACACCAGAGGCUCGAACUCGCGACCUGUUAUUUAGAAGUCAACGCCUCUAACCACUGGGCGACGAGCUCGUUGCCUUGUCGGUUUCGAUCGGGAAUAUAUAAUGGUAGUGGGCGCUCACCGAUCGUUCUUACGGAACUCACUCGUUCCGUUGUGCCUUAUGGGCUCUCUUUCGAGCCCAACCAGCAGCCGCACAUCUGCGCAUGAUAUAGGCAGGAUGGCAUUACCACGCCUCUAACCACUGGGUUGGGUUGGGCCCGAAGGGGGGGAACGGCAAUACCAUACUGCCUAUAUCAUGCGCCGCUCUACGGCUGCUGGUUGUGCUCGAGAGAGAACCCGUAAAGCACAAUGGAACGAGUGAGUUCCGUAAGAACGAUUGGUGAGCGCCCUUCUACCAUUAUAUAUAUAUAUAUAUAUAUAUAUAUAUAUAUCCCGUUCAUCAUCCCCAAAAGAAGACGAAGAAGAAAAAGAGGCGAUGUCAUGGACCACACUGUAUUGGUGCUGACGUUUCGGAAACUUCCUCGUUUCCACCAUCAGAGUGGUGGUAGGGUGUUUGUUCCUGCUAACUCAGAGUUGUUCUGUCUCGCCGCCCGCCUCGUGCUAUAGGUAUGUCUGAUACACGAACUCUGACCUGCUUGCUGGCGGGGGAUUGGCUUAGGUCUCUCCGUGGCCGACCGCUGGGGCGCUGGUGUGACCUCUGCCCCCCGCCCGGCCGCUGUUGUCGCUGCUAGGUGCGUUUGCCCUUGGGCCCUCCCCCCGGGCAGGGGGCAGAGGUUCUAUUUUGUGGCUCCUCAGUUGGUCCCCCUACGCUACUCCUGCGGCAAAUGAGUGCUAAAUUGUCCAGAACACCUGAUGAGUUGAAUUCUUGCCAGGGACGUCAUGCGUUAGCGCCUAAUCGGUUAACCACAUUUCUGGGGAUACGUGGAAACUACCUUCUCUGCCGGGAUAACUAAGCUUGCGGACACAAGUAUUACGGUUGCAAGUCGUUUUUAUGUGCAAAUCACAGGCUCUAGAAUAUAGGGGACCAACCUAACAAGUCCAUUUCCAAGAAAUUUAUUCCUUGAUUCUUCGAAAACUUUUUUUCGAAAUUAUUGGGUGUCGUACGCGCGCAGGUUUGCACACCAGCGGGGAGCAUAAACGAGCGCCCCGCUUUCAUUGAGGAUAUUUGCCUCAACACUACCGACACUACCAAGCAGACUGCGCUGCUGCCAUUCUUGACAGAACUGACGACCGCAGUGGCUCAUGGCAUGUGUUGUCCGGGGCUCCCUUGAGUCUCUGUGGGCCUCUAACUACUGGCGUGCAUACUUGUGGUAGCAAUUAAGUGAAAGCACCCGUCACGCCAGUCAUUGGGCGACUGACAGGGGCUGACAGGCCCCUGAAACACGGGAUAGGCGAAAGAUAGUACUGCUGGUAAGGACCCGAGAAGCCGCCCGUUUAAUACAGAGUUGGAGGGCAGAACGCGUGUGGCACGUGUAGACGGGUUGUUCAGUUUUAUCCGCGUCCCCGCCCCACACGCAAGGACAAGGGAUCGGAAGAACUGAAGUCCGCUUUUCGUGAGUUUUUGGAACGGCACGCAUGCAAAACUGUUUGGAUUUCAGCCUCAGUCUUCUUGACCUUGUCUUGCAUUAGUACAGUAUGGAUGCGGGACACUAUGGAUUGUAAGCGUCUGCUAUGCCAGGACCAGUAAACCAUGGCUCUCGUAGCUUGAUGCGCGCUGGCACUUUUAUGGCACCUGAUCCCCUGCCGGUAGAUGCGCUUGCGUUCCCGCCGGGUAUGUGGGUCAGGCGCAUAGCUGCCCAGCCAUCCUCGUCCUUCUGACCCGUUUUGGUGCUGCAGCUGUUGGUAAGAAUCCUGGUCAAGUUUUUGUUGGGAUGGUGGUGGUGGUGGUGGUGGUGGUGGUGGUGGUGGUGGUGGUGGUGGUGGUGGUGGUGGUGGUGGUGGUCUUCCCAAACAGAAUUGGAAAAUUACGCCUGAGACGAAAAGCAACGUUGCUUAUGGUUUUUGGAAUUUCGCGGCAGCAAACCAACAAUGUCCUAGAUAGGAUUCAAAAACAGCAUCACCGAUGAAUAUAUCGGCGACUAUCCUUAGUUAGCAGUGUCCAGAAAUUGGGAUCACCAGCUGAUACUAAUUUCGAGAUUGGUGCGUCUGUUCCCUCUAACGAUUGUUUCAGUUUGUUUUCAGUAACUUCAUAUAACAACCCCAUUUCAGUUAAGUGGGAGUCUUACCUUUCAAAGUCACCAGAUUAUAGAUGUAUAACAAAAAGGCAUUUGCCCAAUGUCCUUUCUGAUGGCUCCACUAGACGCAGAGCCGGAACAUGCUAAUGCCUGCUUCAGUGAGGUAGAAUCAGCCUUGAGGCCCCUCUUUAAGAAGUUUUUCUCAGUACUUUUAACUUCAAAAACUUGAUUCUAAGAUUUUUUAGUCCCAGAACUAGUUAUAAAAUGCUACUGUCGGCGUGGGACAUACUACCUACCGUACCUCCGUAUGUUCUGGCUUUUUGGCAGAAAGAGAGGUGAAGGAACUCGAUGUUACACCCUUUUCGCCGUCUAAAUGUUUUCUAAGCGAAGGCUUAGAAAGACCGUGAAGGCCGGUGUUUGCUCUGAGGAGUAGGGUCGAGAAUAUAGGGUCCGGAAUUGUUGUCUGGCGUUUUUACGCAAAUAAUGAAUUCUCGCGCUUAAGAUGGGUGGAAAAAAAACACUUUUUGCCACCACGUAAUGGCAGGCGACGCAGGACAUCAGUUAAACCUAGUUUCUUACAUCAAAAAGCUGUUCGAAUUGGACGGUGUUGAGAUGAUACCAUCUGGAUUACCCUCUCGAACACGAGUUGGCGGGAAUACUGUGAUACGAUCGAGCUCUCUCCCGUCUAAUCACGUACAGCCGUGAAUUGCGAUCGCUUCUGGAUAAGUUACUGUUCACGCGGAAUGUGGAAUGUUUCUGCGAAAAAGGGGGCUAUGGUCUCAAGACACUUUGCUAACUUAAAGGACCGUUUCGGGCCUACUAAUCAUCAAGGGCCAACGACAGACCAAGCCCAAGCAGAGAAGGCCUGAGUCUCGGGAGACCGCGCAAAACCCCUAAUCUCAUUUGGUUGCAAGACCGAGUAGAAAAUUGCGUUUCGCUCUGAAACCCUCACGUAGGGCAUGAGUUGAACCAGCUUCCGGGAGACCUGAGAUUCCAAUCAGGUUCCAAUCAACUGGUGGGGAGUUAUAUUCACUGAAAAACCGGACCAACUGACGACAACAAACAAACCCGAAACGUUACCUCCAGUUGUCCUGUCACUAUUGGAAAUGUAGCUCGACUCCGUAUGAAAUGCUUUGGAUAAAGGCUCUUUGCUAUCGCUGUCGAACUCCUUUGAACAGUACUCAGCCACCACUGCUUGCGCCCAUAAAUCUUAUUUAGCAUUAAGACUUCAUGGACGGAGAGAAUCAUGCGGACUAAUCUGUGUCUGCAAACGCAUGAUAGUGUUUCCUCAAGGAAAUCCUUCCGCUGGUGGAGCACUCAGGUCACACUGUCGGAAUUCUCGUAACUACCUGAGGAUUGUAGCCAAGAGGCUAUUAUCAGACAUCCAGGAAGCCCUAGAUGUCUUCGGUAAUGGGCUAAACCAGCGAGUCAAGAGUUACCAUUCCUUGGUGGAUGCAAACGUCAUUGCGCUACAUGGAUGGAAACAACGUCUUUGUGUUAGGAGUCAAAGUAGCACUACUCCGCAGUGCCAUCCUGCCUGGGCUGUUUCUAGGCCUAGGAAAGCAUGCUAUCCCACCACUGCGUUGCAACUUACAGAACUGGCGAGGCAGUCGCACCCGGGGCGCUUUCUCUCUCUCUCUCUCUCUCUCUCUCUCUCUCUCUCUCUCUCUCUCUCUCUUGACAGCUAAUUUAGGCAGAUGUUAUUAGCAGAGUGAUUGUGUCUCCUCUAUUUCUAGUUUUUCGGAGACGUCCAGAGUCUUUUUAUCUGUUCGAUAAAUUCCUGGAAGACGUAAAGCAGCCGCGUCUAAGCAAACAGGGUGAAGUCUUAACAAACCCCGCUCCCGAACAUCUUGUUUUGCCUGUGACAUUUGUGCAUAUCCGGAUAAUUACAACUCCACGCACUCCGCCUCCACCACCACCACCACCACCACUGACAUAAAUGAUAAUGUUCUCAUUGGCUAACGAGUGAUAUCUCACGAGCCCUAAGUGUUAAGAGUAGUAAGUAAACCCGGUUGGUAAAUAAAAUCAAUAUUUAUAACGCAAAACGACCUGGCAGCAGAGCAUGCCAGCAAAGCGGGAGUUGUCCAGCAAUGGUGUUUCCGUCAUGUUAAAACAAGCAAUACGGUAAAAGAAAACGGGACUAGAUUGCCAAGGGUUAAUUAGUCUAAUACCUAGUCACACCACCACCGCCGCCACCUCGCGAGGGGAGAGGGCAUCCGAACGAUGAUCGCAAGACCCUUGGGAUAAGUGUGUCAUAGGUAAGCCUGCCUAAGAAUAUGUUAGAAGUCUGUGUAAAGUUGGACGGGUGCUGGCCUGGUUAUAGGACGGUCGAUACGCUUUGCGCUGUAACUCUAAUCCAGACAGUUCUUUAGCUGUGAGGGAACAACGAGCGGUAGUUAAGAUCUUCAGGCGUCUCACAGACAAAAAGGUCGACCACAGUGACCAUUUUGGCCUAUUUUCCCUUGCCAAGCGGUGCCCUCUCAAUCUCAGGCUGCGAAAACCCGGAAUUUCGAGCUGGUCUCGACUUUUCCGGCUGUUAUUUUAAGGCUCCAUAGUUCAUCUAACCUUCGAGAAGUCAAACCGGUGGAAAUUCUGUUGCCAACUUGUCCACAAACAUGUAAUCUGUCACUCGAAUCUCUCUACUCAUUUCAUUUGGCAAUUUCCUUCUCCUUCUCCUCCUUCUCCUCCUCCUCCUCCUCCUCCUCCUCUUCUACUACCACCACCACCACCACUACCAUCGUUACAUAA